CGUACGCCGACGCGUUACUGAGAGAAGUCCAGCGAAGUGCUGGUUGAGCGACUUCCUCAGCAUCACCAUUGUCAGUAUCUCCUGCACGCGCAUUCACAUUGUCUUCGAUUUACAAAGAUACAGUAUCAGUUUCAGAUCGGGUAUGAUGUUCCGCCAUGUGUUUUACAAGGCCGGCACAGCAACAAUGGCUCCUCUCAGGAAGCUUCAAACAUUUAAAGGUUUCUCCCGGAAGGUUGAAAUGGCUGGGGAGAGUGACCAGAGCAUUACCCGUGUUCUCUUUUGCGGGCCUCACUUUCCUGCAUCUCAGGUUUAUACAAGAGAAUAUGUGGAGAAUAAUCCUGUUAUCAAGGUUGAUGAUGUUCCACUUGAUGACGUGCCUCGUGUUAUUGGAAACUACGAUAUAUGUGUUGUAAAAACCAUGCCACUAAAAGCAGAUCUAAUUUCUCGUGCCAGUAGGAUGAAGCUUAUAAUGCAGUAUGGUGUUGGGCUGGAAGGUGUCGACGUCAAUGCUGCCACAGAGCAUGGAAUCAAAGUUGCUAGGAUUCCUGGUAGUGCGACUGGAAAUGCAGCUUCAUGUGCCGAAAUGGCCAUAUAUCUGAUGUUGGGCCUUCUUCGUAAGCAAAAUGAGAUGCAAAUUGCUGUAAAGCAUAAAAAGCUUGGAGAGCCAAUUGGCGAAACUCUGUUUGGGAAAACAGUCUUCAUUAUGGGAUUUGGAAACAUUGGGAUUGAUUUGGCAAAGCGCUUGCGCCCAUUUGGUGUGAAGAUUCUUGCUACAAAGCGUAGUUGGGAAUCGUAUUCACAAAAAUCAUUCAAGUCUGACGGAUUACCCACUCAAAAUGAUACUAGUGAUGAUUUGGUUGACGAAAAGGGUGCUCAUGAACAUAUCCAGAAUUUUGCAAGCAAUGCCGACAUAGUUGUCUGUUGCUUGUCGAUGAACAGUCAAACGGCUGGCAUUGUAAACAAAACAUUUUUAUCCUCGAUGAAAAAGGGUGCCCUUCUAGUGAAUGUAGCCCGAGGGGGUUUAUUGGAUUAUGAAGCUGUUCUUUUUUACCUCACAUCCGGCCACUUGGGAGGUCUAGGCAUGGAUGUGGCUUGGACAGAGCCAUUUGAUCCUGACGAUCCAAUUUUGAAGUUUCCAAAUGUCCUAAUAACACCACAUGUUGCAGGCGUCACUGAACAUGCUUAUAGAUUCAUGGCUAAGGUAGUUGGUGAUGUAGCCCUUCAGCUUCAUGCAGGGGCUCCGUUGACAGGGAUAGAGUUUGUCAAUUGAUUUAGCUCAGAAAGCUGUUCCCCUUGGAUUUGAAAUCCAAUAGAUACGCAUAUAAGUGCCACUUGAAUGUGUAUUUGGUAUUCCAUUCUUGAUACUAACAUUGCCAAUAGGCAUGUGAGCUUCCUCUAGAAAGCACUCGGACAUGUUCAUUUUAUUUUAGAACCUGUUUCUUUGAA